AUUCCAUUUCGAGUCCAUGGCUGAAGCUGACAACAGUAGAUCUGAUCGGAAUCAGGAAAACAAACAUUGGAAUCGCAACAAGAAGGUGACAGACAAAGAUCAUGUAGUUCGGAAGAGGCAACCACCUCGUCUUCCCAAGAGGCCUAACGAUAUUUACGUCACCAACCGCUCAAACUUUCAGAGUGAGCUAGACAAGUGUCUCAAGCUGCUAGAGAGUGGUGAGAAGGAAGUCUUUGUUCAUGGUUUGGGGGCUGCUGUUAACCGAGCCGUCAAUCUGGCAUUGCAGCUAGAAAGUAAAUUUCUCGGGACGGUUCAACUUACUGUCAACACAUCCACUACCACAUUAAUUGACGACUUGGAACCUCUACAUGACCAAGCAACAUAUGAAACACAAACUCGACAAAAUUCUGUUGUACACAUCCGUAUCCAGAGGACAGCAUUAGCAGGAGCCCAAAAUUAAUUUAAUUUGUUUGUGGUUUGAAGUGCUUUAUUAUUAUUUUUAUGAAAAUUAGUUAGGACUUGUACAUUAAUGUCUUGCUCUGCCUAUUUCCUGAAAUAUUUACUAGAAUCAGAUAUGUUUUUCUCUUGGAAAGAAAUUGUUGCUGUGUUAGGAAUGACUUUAUUUGAAGUGUGGGUGCAUGUAACCUCAGUCGUUGUUUUUCUUACUCUUGUAACAUUACAGUUGGAUGGUGUAAUUGACCAGUCAUGGUGGACAAUAUUUGUACCUCUCUUUGUUGCAGAUGCUAUGAAUGCAUAUUUUGCUAUGAUUGUUGCAAUUAGAUUACAUCUAAAUGAAACAAACCCUAUAAAGAGGUCAGCUUGGAGCUUUGUGGCUUUGGCCUUGUUGUUUUCGUUUAAAGUUAUGCUCUGUAAAAAAUUGUCUGGGUCUCAGACCUUAGAUUACUCUGAGAUAAUGUCACCUAUAUUUAUUUUCCUUCAACUUGUAGUUGUGCGAACAAGGACCCACUUGUGUCCACCCACUAUGGCCUAGAUUCUUUCUGAUGAGGUUUGUGUGGAUGUUCUAAUUUUUAGUCUGUGACUGAUAGCAUUUAGAUGGUUAGUUGCUUUUUCCAUUAAGUACUUAAGUUAUCUUUCAAAGAUGAUUUUGGUAUGGUACAUUCUCUCCACCACUUGGAGGAGGGAGCAUCUUUCCUGUGGUUUCCUCGGUAGGGUCCAGCGUAAAAUACAUUUAUUGUUUGAAGAGACUACAUGUUUCCUCUAACUUAAAAGUUUUAUUUUUACAAAAUAGAAACAAAUUUAUUUUU